CUUCUUCUCAGAAAAAAAGAUCCUCUCCCUCUUUAAAACUACAGCCAGCCACUUAAAAAAAUUCUUAGCUUACAAAAAUUAUUGAAAAGAAAUUUCAUUGUUUUUAUUUUUGUUAAUUUUUUUUUUUUUUAAUAAAGGAAGCAUUUGGGCUAUGGAUUUCAAACCAACUAUGAAAUAUCCAGAGUAAAUCUGCUAAAAGUAUUUUCUUAGCAGCAGAGAUAUAGGAGAAAAUUAAAGAUCAAAAUCACUUUCUGUGCAAGCACCAUACGUCUAGGUUGUCAGAUUCUAGGCAGGGAAGCUGGAAAGUUAGCACCCUUUGUAUUUCUCUACAUGAAGGAGGCAAAAAAGUUGGUAGUUUGCUAGCAAGUUCUUCUGAGGGAAUUCAAACCUAAUUACGAUUUUUGGUUGGUAAUCUGAGUAACCUGACGAAGUCUGCCUGGGGAUGUUGAAUUACGAUAUACUGAUUCUUGAUCGGUAGCUGUCAGGAAAGGAGGGAACCUGCAGAUUUUUUGGUUGCGUAUGUGUUUGUUGUUCUGAAAGGGUAUUUUCGGAGGAUUUUCUUUUUCCAAUUUUGGCUUUUAAAUGGCGAGUUCAUCAGCGAGGUGGUUUGAUGGACUCCGGUUCUCUUCAUUGUUUUGGCGUCCGCCACAAGACCCAGAACAAAGAAAGGCUCAAACUGCUGCUUAUGUUGAAUUCUUCGGCCAAUUCACAUCUGAACAAUUUCCUGAGGAUAUUGCCGAGCUGAUUCGUAACCGCUAUCCAUCAAAAGAACAGCGCCUCUUUGAUGAUGUUCUGGCAAUGUUUGUUCUCCAUCAUCCGGAGCAUGGGCAUGCUGUUGUUCUUCCAAUUAUUUCAUGCAUUAUUGAUGGCACACUGGUGUAUGAUCGGAGUUGUCCGCCCUUUGCUUCUUUUAUUUCCUUGGUCUGCCCAAGUAGUGAGGCAUAUCAACUUUUACAGAAUGAGUAUUCUGAGCAGUGGGCUCUGGCAUGCGGGGAGAUUCUUCGGAUUUUGACUCAUUACAAUCGUCCGAUAUAUAAGGUGGAGCAACAAAGCACUCAAACUGAUAGAGCUAAAAGACUUUCCACAGAAAUGGAAUCUAGCAAUGUACCUUUUGCACAACCGGAGAGGAAGCCUUUAAGGCCCUUAUCUCCAUGGAUCACUGAUAUUUUGCUUGCUGCACCUCUAGCUAUCAGAAGUGACUACUUCAGAUGGUGCAGUGGCGUUAUGGGCAAAUAUGCUGCUGGAGAGCUCAAGCCACCAACAACUGGUUAGCUAAAAUUUCUUUAGAAACCCAGUACC